AUGUGGUGCCAACUACUUGGUCUAGCAGUCCUUGGACUUUCAAGCCCAACCUCGGCCGACAGGACUUGGUCUGGGUCGGAUGGGCUCUGUAACUCGGGCAUCUACGGGCAAUAUGCUCAAUUAGCACACUACGGACCAGCGGAGCAGUAUUGUGCUGCCCGUUUCCCUGAACCGGCCGUCACUGUCACCGCCACGGCUUUCGCUCACUCUCAUCGCUGGUUUCACAAGCGUUCGUGGACACCGCCGAACCCACUCAACUCGCUGCUGCAGCAGUUAGAGCAGUUGUCACCACAUGAACAAGAGGCGGCUUGUUCGUGCAUCGAGGUUCCAGAAACCAUCACAGUUACUGUCGAACCUACCUGGAAGACCAAGGCUUCAACGGGUGUGAUCACAACAUCUACUUCGAGUCCCAUUACCACCAUAACUACCAUCACAACUACCGCCACGACUCCUAUACCUACGACUACAACUAUGACUACCACUAUACCUACUACCACGACUACCUCGACGACUACCACAACGACUACUACAACUACUACUACAACUACUACAGCACAAUUUAGCUCCUGCCCGACCGACCAGGCGAUAGUCCCCGGCCCAGGCUGUGGCCAGUGCCAGUGGACAGUGUUCUGCGGCACACAGCUGACGUACCUCGACUCGAACCCGAACUGGGACAUACUGCCACAGCCCAGCUACGAGGCGUGCCUGGAAGAGUGCGACAGCAACGGCUUCUGCGACGCUUUCACCUACAACGAGGCCACGGGGGAGUGCCACCAGUUCCUCUACUCGGACGAGAUCGCGUUUAUCCCGGCCGCUGCGGGCUGGGACAGCGGCGUCUUCAUCGAAAACACUUGCGGCAAUUUUGACUGUACCGCCUACGAGUGUCCGAGCGAUAACCCUGAGUGUCCCUCUGCGACGUAG